ACUUGUUACAGUUCAGUGCACUACAUUUUAAACUAACUUUGCUUUGUUUUCAGUUGUUUCACAAAUGUGUCUCAUGCUCCUUUCAAUCGUGACAAACUGAAAAUGAACUGGUAUUACUGGAAAUACUAGAGCAGGAGAGACGUCUUUUUCUCUGACUGACUCACGAUGAGGUUUGCUGUGAAAUCUCCACAACAAUACGGUCUCGAAUGGUAGCUUUGAAAACAGAAGAAGUGUGUUCAAAAUACCCCUAUACAGAAUGCUAAAUCAUAUAGUCUUUACUUUUAAGGAGCUUCAAGUCAACAGACAAAAUCAGCAACCGUAGAAAAACUGAGUCAUACAGGUUUGGAACGACAUGAGGGAGAGUAAAUGAAGACAGAAUUUGCAUUUUUUGGUGAACUAUACCUUUAAACUCAGCAACAAUGGAAUUACGCCGUAACACCAGUCUGCGCUGCAGUAUAAAGCCAAGUCUUCCACCACGAAGACCAACUCUGAUUCAUCAAGGACCUCCGAAACGAUACCGACUACAUACAGAGAGAAAAGUGCUUGAUGAUCAUGGAAAAGUCAGAAAAUGGACUUUUGGGAAAAAAGACACAAGAAAAGCAAACAAAAUUGUGCUGUUGGUGGGAGAGACUGGCGUUGGGAAGACCACCAUCAUCAACACCAUGGUCAACUACUUAAUGGGAGUGAAGUUUGAGAAUGAAGAAUGGUAUGAAAUCACAGAAGAAGCAGCCAGAGACCAAUCAGAAUCACAAACAUCUGAAAUCACCAUGUAUGAGGUCUGUCCUAUAAAGAGUCGCAUGUCUCUCACUAUCAUUGAUACUCCAGGAUACGUAGACACUAGAGGAUUGGAAAGAGAUCUGGAAGUUGCUGAGAAUUUAUCUAUGCUGUUUCAGAGCAAUGAUGGAGUUCGUGAGAUUGAUGCUGUGUGUUUUGUGACUCAAGCAUCUAAGAAUCGUCUCUCGGACAGACAGCAUUACAUUAUCAGUUCAAUUCUGUCUUUGUUUGGAAAAGACAUUGUGAACAACAUUGUGUUUUUAAUCACUCACUCUGAUGGUCUUCCACCCAAAAAUGUCCUCGGCGCCAUUAAAAAAGCUAGAAUCCCCUGUAGACGAGACCAAACAGGCCAACCCGUUCAUUUCUUAUUCAACAAUCGACAGGCUGAAGCCCGUCACACUGGAGAACGUUACGUCCGUGCUCAAAGAGAUGCAUGGGAAGACAGCAUGGAUGGUAUGAAGCAUUUCCUUCAGUCUCUGGAUGAAAAGAACAGAAGAAGUUUAGAGUUGACUUCAGAUGUCCUGAUAGAGCGCAUUCGAUUAGAAGCGUCCAUGAGCAACUUACAGAUGCGAAUUCAAGAGAAAGAGCUGAAAAAGGCUGAGAAAAUUCAGAUCCAACAGGCAAUGAGAGAAAACAAGGAAAAGAUUAAGGAGUGUAAAAACUUUACCAUUAACAUCAAAAAAACGGUCAAAGAGAAGAUUCCCAUUGAGAGCAAGUCAUGGAAGAGCAGGAAGGCGACGACCUGCACCGUCUGUGAGGAAAACUGCCAUGAGAUUGACUGCUGGUGGGGUUCAAAUCCCAGCAAAUGUGAAGUCAUGAAAGAUGGCUUUUGCACCGUGUGCACAGGGAAGUGCCACCACAGCAAACACGUCAAAGAAAACAAGAAAUAUGUCAUGAGCACCUCAAGCAAGCAGUUGGAAUAUGACUCCAUAAAAAAGAAAUAUGAAAAAGCUCAAAGACUGUCCAAGAGGUUUUCAGUUGUAAUGGAUUAUCUUGAUGAAGAUCUGCAAGUGAUUGAGCACCAGAAGUCAAUUCUUCUGUUCAAAGCUUACAAGACCAUCAAGCAUCUGUCUCAGAUCGCAUUAAAGCCAGACUCGGCCUUCACUCUUCAGCAUCUGGAUUUCUUCAUCCCCAGAGUGAGGGAGGCUGGGAAAGAAGUCUGGGUCCGAGAGCUGGAGGAAAUGAGGAGAAAAGCUGUAGCUGAAGAAGCCAAUAAAGAUGCUCUGAGUUACCUGAGAGCCGGUCUGGCAAAACUGGGAGAUUUCUUUGGUGGGCAGUGAACAAAUUCAGAGAAGACAAGAGAUGAAUCAAUGAAAACUGUGAAAUACUGUAUCCUAUAUGUGUAACAAAGUUAUGAUUUUAAUUAGUUUUAUUGUAAAUUCUUCUGAAUUCAGCAGCAGUUGUUAAUUCCAUGUUGCAGUGGUGCCCUCAUGUGGUUUGUGUGUGGACUGCAGAAAUGUUUAGCUUGACAGAAGAUGACGCAACACAGCAGUUGCCAUGAGUAGUGCGGUGUGUGAGUUAUGCCUGCAAUGAAACAAACAUUUAGAGGAUGUUUUACUUCAUUCAACAGUAAAAAGAUUUACAUCAAGCAACAUUUGUGUUCAUUCAUUCUUUUGGGGUUCAUGAGUACGGCCAGAGAUUGAGUUGGUGUUCAUCAGAUCUCAGGAAUACUCCUAUGUGUAAACAUAUAGCAAACUACAAUGCGAAGUGAAGAAGAAAGACCAGAUCUGUGACAUAUGCUUAUAGUGCUCAGUCUUUAUCUGAAGUAAUAGUAGGCCUUUAUGUUCAUAAUUAUGUCUAUAUAAGGCCUGUUUACACGCGGUAUUACAAUGCAUUUUGGUUGAUCGGUGUAAACGGGGUGUAAAACAUUUUGAGCUUGUCCACUUUCGAUCACUGCCAGAGGUAGUCGAAAACGAAUGUGUUUGAACAGCCACAAAAGAAAGCCUACUCUCUGGUUAUAGGCAUGAGCCCCAUCUGAUUGGUCGUGGUGGCGGUGUUGCAACUAUCAAUAGAGAUAUUCUUAAUGUUCUUAAUGUUACUCAGAGAACUGAGCACAGGUUUAAUUUGUUUGAAGUGUUUGUGCUAAAUGUUAUACUCUCAGAUAUACAGUACAGUCCAAAAGUU